GACUUGAAAAAAAGUGGAGACCCUGUGAGGUAGAAGAAUGAAAUUUGCUCCACAGAACAAGUGGUAGAAAGCCUUCAUGCUUGGCUUAGAAACAGGGAAUUCUAGCUAAAGAAGACAAGAAAAGCAGGCAAAUACGAAGUCUAAGAAAUAAGAACAUGAAGCAUCUGCAGACAUUCACGAGAGCUUCUAUCUCAGUUGUUUAUUUUUGGCAGCUGGGACACACACAGGCCUUAGGUUAGACAAAGUGCUUUUCGUGACUGGAGCUGACAGCCACAAAAAUAAUGUCGUGCUAAUUGACAGGCAGAUUUUACUCUUUAUGCCCCUUAAUGAUAAUAUAGUCUGGGCAGGUCCUAAAGGAAUUGUGUCUACUGAAGACAGGCUUUCUACCUAUCACUACGUAAGGUUUCUUCUUGGCCUGGACUCCAAGAUCUGGUCAGUAUGUGUUUUCCUUAGCAGCAGACAUGAAUGCUUUAGGCCUCAGUAACAGAGGGAUAGACUAGUAUCUCAGCAAACACUGAACAAUACUUGACUGUGCUCAUACACUGAGUACGUGACUGCUGAAGGCAAAGAUCUGUGUUUCUUUACCUUUUGCAAUGAGAGGGCCUUUGUUUACAUGCAAAUCCCCAGGGCUUGUAUGAAGUCUGGGCUACCCUGUCAUUACCACACCUGUCCCUGCCUCACCCUUUCAUUCAGCAAAUAAAUGAUGUGAUGUGAAAAACAGGUUAAGAUGUAUGUCUGCCAGGUAGAUGAGUAGGCCAAAAGUUACAUAUUAGAUUAGCAGCUUGCCAUUUUCCUGGAUUUGGGAAAAGCCAAACACCACCUCCUCACCUACCACUGCCACAGCAGAGCUGACUGCUCCCUCCCACAAGAGUGUCACCAGCCCUCUCUGGUAGCAGGAAGCACUUCCAGACUUCAAGUCUCCAAAAACAGCAAGCAAACCCAAGACAUAACACCCAGGACCUCUGAAAGCUGAAGGGGCCUAAAGAUCUGGCUCGGGACCUCUGUAACAGCCAGGCCCAGCGACACAGGAAUCGGGGCCAACCCCAGCCGUGAGGGUAACCAACCAAAGAAGUUAUGAAUAUCAUCUGUGGUCUAAAGUUGCCGGGCAGGAACUGUAUUUUCUUUCAUUUGGCUUCUUUGACCAAGCAUGGGAAGUGCAAUAAUCUCUAUAGGUUUUAUGCAGGAUAUUGCCGGACUCAAGUCAGUUGUACACAACAUAGGUGCCAAAGGCUGGAUUUGAGUGGAAAUGGUAGAAACUGUUUUUUGACUGGAAGCCCUGACUCCUGUAGAAACUUCAGCAGUAGAGGACUGAGGUGUCUUUUGAACGUCCCAAAUACAGAAGUAUACAAGAAUGCACACCACAGUUCAGGAAGGCUUUGCUUCCAGUCUUCUCUGCCAUUGGGAGAGAAGAUCACAUCCCUUCAGAUCAGUUCUGUAGGACAACUCCUACAUAAUUUUUCUGCUUGGAACAUUCAGAUCAUCAGGUCUUUUCAUACAACACCGUCAGUUCAGGCUGCACCAGUUCCUCUUUUCUGGAUUAUUGUUAAGCCAGCUCAGAAAUUAUUUGCUAUCAUUCUUGGCAGGAGCAUAAGAAAUUGGUGGAAGGCGCUUCCUCCUAAUAAACGGGAACUUUUUAAAGAAAGUGCAAGGAAAAAUAAAUGGAAGAUACUCCUGGGUGUUAGUAGCUUAGGAGUUUUAUUUGUCGUGUUUUAUUUUACUCACUUGGAGGAGACACCCAUCACUGGGCGUGCUCGACUGUUGGUGUUUGGAAAAGAGCAUUUUAGGGAACUGUCACAGAUGGAAUAUGAUAUGUGGAUGGAGGAAUUCAAAAGUAAAAUGUUACCUGAGACAGAUGCACGCUAUCAGGUUGUGGAGAGGGUUGUUGGUCAUUUAUCUGAAAGCAAUAAGGACAUCCCACAGGUCUCGGUGCUCAAGUGGGUUAUCCAUGUGGUAGAUGAACCAGGUGUAAAUGCUUUUGUGCUUCCAAAUGGCCAAGUGUUUGUUUUCACUGGAUUGCUAAAUGCAGUUUCUGACAUUCAUCAGCUGUCUUUCAUUUUGGGACACGAAAUAGCGCAUGCUGUGCUGGAACAUGCAGCAGAGAAAGCCAGCCUCGUUCACUUCUUGGAUUUUCUAUCACUCAUCUUUCUCACUAUGAUUUGGGCCAUCUGUCCCCGUGAUAGUUUGGCAGUUGUUGGCCAGUGGAUUCAGAGCAAGUUACAGGAGUUUGUGUUUGAUAGACCGUACAGCAGAACAUUGGAGGCUGAAGCUGAUAAAGUGGGACUUCAGUUUGCAGCAAAGGCUUGUGUGGAUGUACGAGCAAGCAGUGUGUUUUGGCAGCAAAUGGAAUUAGCAGAAACCAUUCAAGGGCAGCCCAAGUUACCAGAGUGGCUCUCCACACACCCUUCUCAUGAAAAUAGAGCUGAGCAUUUAGACCGGCUUAUCCCAGAGGCUCUUAAAAUAAGAGAGAGCUGCAAUUGCCCAUCUCUUUCUGGACCAGAUCCUCGCCUCAUUUUCAAACUUAACAUGCAACAUCUCCUGGAAUCGUCUAAAGAUCAAGAACCCCCGAAUUCUACAAAGCAAGACCUCUCAAAACAAAAACUGGAUGUUCCUCACACUCAAAAAGUGGAAGAUAUGCCAGUAACUUUUGCAGUUAAACCUACAAACUAAUCAUAAUAAUUUUCACUUUUUUUGAAACUUGGUCCUUGAAGGUCUGUCUUAUAGCGCAAAUUUGUCUUUGAACCAUAAAGAAGAUGUAGCCACUAAUGUUCUAUGUUUCUUUUAUGUGGUCUCUCACUCAAAGCAAUAAGGAACCAUGCCCGCACAAGAAGAGCAGCAUGCUGGAGCAGAAAGUUUCUUAUUCAUCAAGAGUUACUAAAAUAAAUCACUUCUCAGGGGAAAGAUAAUCUCAUACAAUCCAGUCACACAGUGUAAUUUUCAGCUUUAUCAGGCUCACCUUGAUCAGAGGACAGAUGAGCCAGAAGCGUCCCUAAAGCAGAGGAAAAAGUACAAUUUUCAUCACUUAAGUUGUCUGGUUUAUCUUGCUGUAAUUUGGGUUAGAUCUGUUCAGCUUCAUUUGAGAAAUAAUGAGGAGAGCUUACCGCCUGUUCCACGUAUAGUAUGUUUAAAAAUAUUAAGCUGAGAUGCGGUAAUAGCCUAUGGGCUAGAUACACCCCCACUUAAUUAGGUGGAUUUACUGCUGGGAUUUUUCUUCUUUCUAAGGCAUUUUAGAAUAUGGAUUGAUUCAACAUUUCUCUUCAAAGCAACCUGAAAGGGUUGCACAAAGUUCAAUUUAAAAAAAGGAGUUAAAUAGUUUUCAAGGAAGUCUUUCUUCUGAAAAAACACUAUAUAAGAACGAGCUGGUAGCACUAGAAUGCUUUGCAAGGAUGGCCAUUGUCUUUUUUAAUUGAUAUGGGUGCCUCAUCAGAGAGCAGUUUUACUGCAAUGAUGUUUGAUUUGGAUAUAUCUGUUUGGAUAGAAGUGAUUGCUGAUGUGGAAAUAUAUUAUGUAGUAGACAAAUACAAAAAGAUUUCUUGACGAAACAGCUUUUGCAGCUGUACGUCGUCCUAAAAGGUGAUUUCAGGAAACCAGCAUCUAAUUCUGAGCAUCCUCCCCCUCCCCCCAGUCCUCCUGAAGCCACACAUUUUAUACCGUGGAGACCAAUAUGCACAAUAUAGGUAAAGCUCUGCCUUUCAUGAUGGGCUAGCCAGUAUAGCCAGCAUGUUAAUCUUUAUUUGCACAUGUUUGAGUAAUCCUUGCCUUGCAGUUGAUGAAAAUAUUGAAAUGUUGAUCUUGCAGGAAGAUGUAGAAAGAGGUGGCAGUGAAUGAAAAUAAAAAACAGAAAUCCCAUUACUUUAUCUGUUAAGAUGUAUUUGCUAUUAGGUUUUUUGUUACUCAAUUGCAUUAAAGCAGAAAUCUGUUUCAUGUAUGGUAGGGUUUUACAUGAAGGGGACAUUCAAAGUAUUUUACAGUGUAUAGUAAUUUGAAACAUUCUUUUUUUAUAUAUGGAGAGGGGCAGGCUAUAUUAUAUUUCUUCAAUUAAAUCAGAAUGCAAGCUUUUAAAAAGGGACAAAUAACCUAUUCAGUGCUGUCAGUGAAUAUAGUUGAAAAAAAGGUUGUGAAACAAGUAAUUCAUUACUGACUUGAGACGACGAACUGGGGUCCUUUGAGAAAUGCCAGCAACUACCUAACUUAUCUCUAUUCAGAGGUAAGUUGAUGUAUCUGUAAUGUUGGUCUGAUUAUAUAGGUCUAGAUUGGCUGCAUAUUGCUUACAAGCAGCAUUUAAAUCUCUGCUCAGUACUACUGGCAAGAGGCAGAAGGUCCAGCCUGGCCAUUAUUCAUCCAUCCAUUUUUAUUCUUAGUGACAGGAGUUUUUGUAACAGACGUUCAGUGAUGUGUUGAAGCAUUUGGACAUUGUCACCUGAAGGUAAACAGAAAAAUACACCAUUUAGAUUUCCCUGUGGACCUUAUAGUUUAUACUGCAACACCAAGACCCCAACGCUGUUGCCUCACUCUUGCUUCAUUGUCAAAGCUUAUUUUGUUAUCCAGGGCUCCUGGUUGAUAUGCAGCUUGAUGCUUGUGUCUCUUAGGACUAAGGAGAACAUAGAAGAGUUUUUACAGCAUUCAAGAUGAAGUAUGAAACUACACAAGUUUCAUAUUUCUGUUGUCUGUUUUAAGUGUCUUAAGUGUUGCAGUGGCAUGCUGGAGAUGCAAUUUUUGAGUUCACCGAGGGAGAUUUUUUUUUUUUAAUUUGUAAGUAAAUAGUCUUGUGACCAUGAUCAUGGUGAUGUGAGAGAAAAGGUUUCAAGGGAGAGGUAAUAACUUAUGUUAGACCAACAAAGGGCUUAUGUAGUUUUUCCAGCUGUACUGAUCUAAUAAAACAUAUCUCUCUCCUUACAAACCUUACAUAUGCAUACACACACAUACGUAUGUGUGUAUAUAUAUAUAAAGUACACCUACAAACACAAGAUUUAGGCCUUUGCACUAAAACAAUAUAGUGUUAAAGUCCAAGUGGGAUGUUGAAAAUUUUAGUUUCUACUUUACACCUUGAAUUAUUCCUAAUAUUUUUCUCAAGUACUUUGGGAGGGUUUUCUUCUUUCUGCUACUUCUGUGUCCAACAGAGAAAAUGCCUUAUGCUCAUCUGCCUCUUGGAGGGCACUUUUUCCUUGAAUUCUUACUGAAUACUAUACAUUACAUCUGUCUAUAUUGUUGAAGUAUUUUCUUUUUUCUGUCUUGAACAGAAAAAUUACAAAAAUAUUGCUUUCCAAAGGCUCAGGAAGUCAUAGUAAAAAUUGCACUUUUAAAAUUAAAGAACAUACAAUAAUUUUAAGUUGUGUGUAUAGGAAAUAAUAUUAUAUAUAAUGUUAAU